AUGACUAUUUUGCAUAUGAAACGCGGAAGACUAAAAUGGCGGAACUUUCGCGUCUGUCCAUGCAUUCACAAUAGACCUUUACUAAUGUCAGAGCUCAUGAUGUAUACUGAAAAGUUGAUCAUCAUUGUCUUGUCGAAGUUUCGCAAGUAAAAGAUUUGAAGCAAAGUAUUCGUUCAUGAAGGCUGGCAUCGAAAUUUAGCUGUUGUAGAUGCCCAGCGUAGGUCUAGAGGCGAGUAAAUUGCCCUAUGACUGGCUUUGUUUUAGUGGACGGCCUACCCGAACUUCAGAAUCUAUCGUUGUAUAAAGAAAACACCAAUCACUCUAUUGACUGCGAGCUAUCCGAAUUUCUAAAGAAAUGGAUGUGGCCUAGUUCACCAAAAAACAAAAUCUAUAAUCACUGAAAGAGCAGAAAUGCCAUCGCGGGGAUUGCCUUGAAAAGGUAAACAACAGUUGUCAAUUGUCACUUGGCGAAGAAGAAAAUGUCGCCGCAGAUUUCAGCGCAUAGCCUCGUAGGGAAUUUCUGACAGGUAAAGCCACAUGGUCAACCAAAAAUGGUGGCAGGUAAUUGUUUAGUCAAGGGUCUGCCCGUUUCUGUGGUAUAACCAACAUCAUGGGCCUAAAGAUUAGCUGGAUAUUUCGAGGGAAGUUCCCGCUAAUGAUCAGUGGAUUUAUAAAUAUUAUUUUGAUUACUGGGUUUUUAAUAAUUUUCAUGAAGCAUGAUGGCAAUACAGAACACAAAGUAGCCAAGAGAAGUACAUUUUCUCUCAGUGCACCAGAAUCAAUAAACGGACAGAAAGGAGAAGCCUGCUUCAUGUUUCUGCUUAUUUUCACAUCACCUGGAGGGGAAGAUAGACGAAAUGCCAUCAGGCAAACCUGGCUGAAGUUAGACACCCCUAAAGACUUCCCAAUUAUACACAAAUUUGUUGUAGGAACGUUGCAUCUUGAAUAUCAACAAAAACGAAAUCUCAUUGCAGAGAACGACGUCUACAAAGAUGUAAUUUUCUUGAAUGAGUUACGCGAUUCUUAUAACAACUUGACAUUGAAACUGCUCCAUAGUUUUAUGUGGAUAAGCAAGAAUAUUGAUUCUAAGUUUGUAAUGAAAGUAGAUGACGAUUCGUUUGUUCGACUUGGAGUCCUUGUCAGAGAUCUUGAGAAAAAGCGGAAAUUUGGACGAAUAUAUUGGGGAUUCUUCAGGGGUGAUGCAAACGUCAAGUCACGUGGACCAUGGGCAGAACCUAAUUGGGUGCUUUGUGAUAAAUAUUUACCCUACGCUGAUGGAGGGGGUUAUGUCUUGAGUCAGGAACUGGUGCACCAUAUUUCCAGGCAGUCAGAAAUGCUGCAGCUAUAUAAAAGUGAAGAUGUUUCAGUUGGAACUUGGCUUGCUCCAGUACGUCUAAACCGGGUCCAUGAUGUCAGAUUUGAUACUGAAUAUAAAUCAAGAGGAUGCAAUAACAGGCACAUUGUUUCACACAAGCAGACAAUAAGUGAUAUGCACAUGAAAUAUGAAGAAUUAAAAAAUAACAAUCAUUUAUGUGCAGUUGAAAAAACUGAACGACUUUCCUUUGAAUAUGAUUGGCAUGCCAAACCCUCACAGUGUUGUAAAAGAAUGAGAGGUAUUCCAUAAGAUGAUAUUUUAAUAUAUCAAAUGAUAUUAUUUCUACUACAAAAAUGUUAUUUUUUGGAUAAAUAGUGUCUGGUUUUAGUGUUCAAUAUUUUUAUUAUAAAUCAUUGAAUCAUACAUCUGCAGCAAUAAAAAAACCAUA